AUGUUGCCAUUAUUGCAGACGCACCGGCAGACGGUGCCGACCGCGAACCUCGAUCGUAUACCCCACCCGGUUAACGGACAACCUGUACACGACGAACGGCUUCGACAAGAAGUCGGCCCAUAUCAACAACGAUCAUUUCCCAUAAGAACACUCCACUCGCACACGCAUUUCUCUGGUAAUAGCUCCUACAAUGUGAACGCAUCGCACAGAGCUCGUGAACACCAGCUACGGCGAAAGACUCCGAAUGGAACGAUUGAUGCUGGCUACGAUGGAUCCUCUACGAAGUCAUAUAGUGGGGAGCCGCCGUUGAAGCAGCUGGCUCUUCCCAGUCAACCUGUCAACACGCUUGAACAUCCUUUGCCCAAUGUUCGAUCUUAUCACCCAAACCAUAUGGUGGAUAUCGCAAGCACCAGUGUGCCAUUACCAGCAGCACCUUGGCGCCCACCGGGUUAUCCUGUUGGGCCAAGUUAUCAGUCAUCUUCGCAGCAACCUGCUGCACCAUUUGCGAGUGUCUAUCAGCCAGUCAUUCGAGCCAAUGAAUAUAAUGUCCGAGCAUUUUGUCCGCCACCGCCAUCAUUAGUAGGCGGCCUGACGCUUGGGCAACUUUAUUGGCAGCAAGGUCUAUCUGUUUGGGAUUAUCCAUCAGCACAAUGCGCCAGCGCAGUGCCGCGUGCUGCAUAUCCAGCGGUACCCAAUUCAGAGUAUACGCCAAAUCUAAUGGAUUCCUUCCUUCCUGCGUCGAAUCACACCCUGGCCUACUCACUGCAGGGCUCUAAGCCCAAAGUCCACAGCGCAUACGCAUUGAACCAUGUCAACUACAACACUCACUCAGACUUCAAGGAUAAAACUCUCUCUCAGGCUUACCGCUGCUAUACCAGUCUUGUCGGUCAUAUCCAGGCAACUGCGAGAGCAAGCAUAAACAAGGACUACCCCGGUGCAGAUCAUGCAUCAUCAAAGCAUCUGAUAUUUCCAAAGCCUCCCAGGCCAAGGCGAGAGAGCAAUGGCUUGAAUAGAAACCUUCGAUACACUCCUGCUCCCGGUAGAAUCUUGCCGUCGGCAUAUUUUCACUCAGUUGCGGCACACGGUCAUCAUGAUUCAUCCGUUCAACAACCCAGCAGACACGUUAUGUUCGCUGGAGUGGAUCAGUUUCGCGCUUUACAAAGUGUACCGAAUGGGCACAUUCCGCUGAUUGAUUAUUUUGAUAUGACUAGCCAUGGUGUACCCUCAGUGAAUGACGCUAGAUCUUCCCUGGAUAUCCUUAAACACCUUUGUGAGCAAAGCCAGUGGACCUGGGUCGAAGGCAUGCUUGUAUUGGGCUGCCUUCAAUAUGCUGUGCAGCAGUAUACAGAUGCUCUUCAAUGCUUUUCAAGAAUAACUAUAUUGGAUCCCAGCCACACUGAAGCAUUGGCAAACAUGGCUGCUUCAUAUUAUUGUCUGGGUCGCCAUGAAGAGGCAGAACAGCACUGGCUCCGCGCAGUACACCAAAGGCCCGGCUACCUGGAGGCUGUUGAGCAUCUGGUUGGACUUCUGUACAAGAAGCGCAGUGAAGAAGCAAUUGACAUUGUGUGCUAUGUUCAAAAUGCGCUCGCAGAUACCGGUCGUCAUACGCACACAGUCGUCAACUCUCGUGGCGAUCCCGCAGAUCACAGGUUUGACUCUCAGAUGGCCACUGGGCACUUAACCCGACAACCAGAUGACUUCUCCUCGGGAGGCUUUGGCUCCAGUGGCUAUAGUCUACCUGGAAGCGAGAACGGUCGAAUUCUUGCCUUGAUACAUGCAAAAGGCACUAUGCUCUAUGGAUUGAAAGAUGUGGAUGGCGCUGCUCGGGCUUUCGAAGAAGCGGUAUUGAUCAGCGUCGGACGGAGUAUUAAGGGAAUCCGCGAGCUUGUUCGCGGCAUCCGCGACUCCCUCUCUCCCGUGGCCCCUCCCGCGACUGCUGCGCAGCCACUGUUGCUUACUCCUGACAAGGCCCGCCAUGCGGCUCGCCUUCUAUUUGGCGGCGAUGGCGAGCUCCCUGGACUACGAUGGGUGAACGAUCUCACGCCCAGAAGAGCGGCCGUCCAAACUACAAGUAACUCGCUCCUAUCAUUAGCGAAAAUAUUUCAAGACUCUAUGGCUAGUGGUUCGACGGUCUCUGCAUUAGCACGACCGUCAUCUGGCGUUGGCGAUAUUCUAGCUCUAUACUAUCUCUCAUUGUCGCUACAGGAGAGCCCGUCGACCGCCAAUAAUGUGGGUAUUCUGCUUGCCGGUAUACCUCAGACCGCGUCAAAUCUCGACAGUGCGGCGUCAUUGCAUCUACAAACGAGCUUCCCAGGGAUACUUCCGGGGAGCGGCUUAUCUCUUGCACUUUCUUACUACAAUUAUGGACUUCGCUUGGAUCCAAAGCACGUCCAUCUACACACCAAUCUUGGCAGCUUGCUGAAGGACGUUGGGCAACUCGAUCUCGCCAUUCGAAUGUACGAACGCGCUGUUGCGUGCGAUGGAACUUUUGACAUUGCAUUAACAAACCUUGCCAACGCUGUCAAAGACAAGGGUAGGAUAAGUGAGGCAAUUGGCUAUUAUCGUCGAGCUGUUGCCGCCAAUCCCGGGUUUGCUGAAGCCGUGUGCGGGUUAUUCACGGCGCUCAAUUCUGUCUGCGACUGGAAAGGUCGUGGCGGUGUCUAUUUAUACUUGGGAAAGUAUGACAGAUGGCAUGUUGACGAUGACGGUCGAUUACUUGAUGCAGAGAUCACUAAGACUGCAUCUGGCCUUAGUCAACGUGUGACUGACAUUGUUCGUCAACAGCUCGAUGAUGCCUCGCAAUGGGGCCGGGAUAUUAUCGAUAAAUCGUUUAUUCGACUGUUGACACAGAGUCUCUCCCAUCUCGGUCCAAAUGCCUCACUCGAUCUCGAGAAGAAUUUACAGAAAUGGAGUGGUUCCCGAUGGGCCGGCUCACGGCUGGUACGACUCAUUGAAAGAGCUACAAAGGUUUUACUUCGAAAAUGGUAUCUUGACCAGCACAUCCUACCUAAUAGGACAAGAAUCACGUACGCUCGGCCCCGGCUUCCACCAUCCCUGACCGUACCAUCGGCACCAACUGUUCUCCCUUUUCAUACCUUUACUUCUCCAUUGACGGCCAAAGAAGUAAGGGCUAUUUCGCAGCGAAAUGCAAUGCGUAUAUCUUGUGCUACAUUGCGUGCGCCGUGGCUUCCCGAGACCAUACUACCUCCACCGGCACCACCUGGCUCCUGUCUUAACGUUGGAUACGUCUCCUCCGAUUUUAAUAACCACCCAUUAGCGCAUUUGAUGCAGUCAGUUUUUGGCUUUCACGAUGCGACACGAGUACGGGCUUUCUGUUAUGCAACAACAUCGAGUGACAAAUCUAGCUACCGUGCACGAAUUGAAAAGGAGGCGCCUGUUUUUAGGGAUGUCAGCAGCUGGACACCAGAGCGCUUGAUAAAGCAAAUCAGCAAUGAUGGUAUUCAUAUUCUGGUAAAUCUCAAUGGUUAUACUCGAGGUGCUCGCAACGAGAUUUUUGCUGCACGGCCCGCUCCAAUCCAAAUGUCUUUUAUGGGCUUUGCAGGCACCCUUGGGGCGGAAUGGUGUGACUACAUUCUCGCAGAUACAACGGCUAUACCACCAAGCACCUUGCGCCCGUGGCGUCAGAAUCAAACACUGGAAGACAUUUUUCAUGAUGACUCCGAGGCCGAUUCCGGGGAGUGGAUGUACACGGAGAACAUCAUCUUCUGUCGUGAUACAUUCUUUUGUUGUGAUCACGCUCAAUCGUCGCCUGCCACGGAAAGGGGUAUGACCUGGGCCGAUGAGCAAAGUCGGCGAUGGUCAAUGCGAAAGGAACUGUUCCCUGAUCUACAAGAAGACAGAGUCAUACUAGCGAACUUCAAUCAGCUCUAUAAGAUUGACCCAAGCACAUUCAGGUCCUGGCUCAGAAUAUUGGCACAGGUACCAAAAGCAGUACUCUGGCUUCUCCGCUUUCCAGAAGCUGGCGAAGCAAACCUGCGGAGGACAGCAGAACUAUGGGCAGGUCCCGAAGUGGCAAGCCGUUUGAUAUUUACUGAUGUUGCUCAAAAGAGUCAGCACAUCUCACGUGCCCGGAUUUGCGAUUUGUUCCUCGACACCCCGGAGUGCAAUGCCCAUACUACUGCAGCAGAUGUGCUUUGGUCUAGCACACCGUUACUUACCUUCCCUCGCUACCCGUAUAAGAUGUGUUCUCGAAUGGCAGCGUCCAUUUUAAGAGGGGCAUUGCCGAAAUCGCCCGAGGGACGACACGCUGCCGGGGAACUCAUUGCCACGUCCGAAAAAAGGUACGAGAAAGUGGCUAUUGAUCUAGCUGGCGGGCUGUCAUAUUCACUUACAUCCUCCGGGGGGGUUGCGGGUAGUGGUCGACUGGCGGAGCUGCGUAAACUGCUAUGGCAUAGCAAGUGGACAUGCGGUCUUUUCGAUACUCGUCGAUGGGUCCGAGACGUCGAAACUGCCUACGAGGAGGCAUGGAAGCGUUGGGAAAAGGGAGAGGCGAAUGUUAUGCACCGAAUCUGUUGGUUUUUCCCUGCUUUCUGGCACCUGGAGCCUGCCUACAAGCAUAUCACAAAGUUCAUCAUGCUUGCCCCUUCAUGGGGCCAAUAUCCCACACAUCAGGAUGCGCUGCAGAAAGGUGUAUUUGUUAAGGUGGCCUUGUCAACACAACUACGCACCAAAUCGGUCCGGUAUUGCUCAGCUACUGGCGCCCAACAAAAACCGCGCCAAUCCACCGCCGCCGCCACCGCUGCUAGAAAAGUUGUAUGA